AUGCGCCCGGCGCUUGUUCGCUUAUUGAAGAGGCCAUCCGCUGUCUCGGUCCUCGACUCAUUGGCAGCAACGCCGCUUGGGAUCGAACAAUUGGAGCUCAAUUACAAACGUCUACGAUGCCAAAUUCGAACGAUAUCGCAGAAUACGAGCCUCAAUGGACCUGAACUUGAAUCCGAACCGUCAACCGAAUCUCCCACCGCUCAACGCCAGAAAUCAACUCGACAACCUUUCAGUUUUCGUGUGCACGAGAUAGGAUCGUCGUGCAAGAGGACCUAUGAUGAUAUACCGCAUCCAAAGACGCACGUGAAUGCAACAGUACCUGCGCAGGAUUACCCGCGAUCAUUGGCAUUACAACCUGAAAGGCUGGAGUUUGAGUCGGACAUUGGACACAUCAGAGACCUCGGCGCAAAGUUAGUGGACGACCCAGCACGACGGCAUGAUUUUGCCCUCUGGGAGGAACUUCUUCGCCAUCGACAGCGUCACUAUGGAGACAAAGGCACUUUAGACAUUUGGGAGGGAUUGACGAUUCGACACGACGGUAUAGAGCUGCCUGUUGAUGGGAAGCACGCAGAUUUCCUUUGGGAGAGCUUCAUCGAACUGGGUCUGAAGCGGGGGUUAUUCUUGCAGGAAAUUGUGACUUAUGCUUCUGAGUUGUGGAAAAAGACAGGUAAACGGUGGGAUGGGUUUUACCUUAAGGUUGUCGGUGGGCUUUUGGAAUAUGGUAGGGUGCAGCAGGCAGUCACAUGGCAUGAAAACCUGGAACAUUUGCAUUUAUCAAACUCAAAUGACAUAUUACAACUCCUUGAGCCAGCAAUAUCGCUUGGUCCGCAUCCUAUGGUCAACGAAGGUGCGAUAGCUCCCGGCAUACGCGCAUUCAGACAAAUCUGUCACAGAACUCAAGCUCGUCAUAUAUAUGGUCCAGUUAUCUCGAGGUUGCUGCAAUCAGGGCUUGGGAGGGAGGCAUUAUGGAUGCAUGUGUUUUUCGUCUCGCACGAUGAACAUCCGCGAAGAUUUGAAGACAUCCAGAAACUGCUGCAGUAUGCAAUGGAACAUACGCCGACACACGUUUAUCAAAAGUUGGAAACGUAUGCAAUGAAUAUGUUCGAGUCCCAAAACGUGGAUUCCGAUGACCGAAAUGCAAUUCCUGCGGAAGAACGAGUCGAAAAUUUUGUGGUAGAAGAAAAGCCGUUCAGCGAUGAGAUAGGUGCACGGCUUUUUGCGACCCGGUCAUUCAACUUAGACAUGAUUCUCUCAGGGCUACGCAUGCUAGGGGUCACGGCUAUCGGUCCACAGUCAUUGCGCGAGAUGGCAGUCCGGGCUCACGGAAGUCAGGAUCUCCUGGAGAAACUCCGACUGCUUCAAAGAUCGGGCAUUUCUGUUGGGGACAGUGUAUUUGCACGCUUGAUUCGAAGACUAGCAGAGGAAAAACGUGAUAUCCUUCUUUCUGACCUACUUCAUAGCGACCAACAUCCAGAUGUACUCGAGGAUGCCACAAUGCAGGAGUCCCUUUUGAUGUCGUACUACAUGACACGCGAUUGGCGCCAUUACCAGAUGACACUCGCGAUUCUUACUGAGCUUUCGGAAGAAGGUCCUGAGCUUUUCAACGUGCAUUUCCGGAAACAAAUUGUUGCCGGUCAUCUGAAAUCUGCGGCCAAGGUCGUAGAUACGAUGACUUUGCGCGGCCGAACCCUAACCAAAGACAGUCUUAACCUCCUGGUCCGCAAGGCUCUCGGUCCACGAAGGCCAGGAGUUGGGCCGCCGGUACGGUUUGGCCUCCACCCUAGCAAGGAAGUGCUCGUGGUUUUUCAAAUGUUAAAGCGUACCGUUCCAAAAGGUUGCCACGUGGAUGCCGCUCUCUGGGUUGAGAUAUUGAAACGAUUUGGAAUGACCCACCGCUGGUAUGAACUUCGAGAUUGCUGUCUUUGGCUAGCGCGUUUUUACUCCUCCCUAGCGAAAUCACCUGGCAAUGAACCAUGGCCCACUCCACCAGACCAGCAAAAUGCCAGAAUAGCCGCUCCACCCGCGCACUAUGGAAGCGACAUGCUGAAGGCGAUCUUCGGCUCCCAGAUGCAGUGCGCCAUUGUCUCAUGGGGAUUCCGAUGCCGGGUUUCCCUUUCCGAGGCAAAAGCUUAUAACCCCUUCAAGGUGAAGGGUGAACAGCUGGUCCCUUGGGUGCGCGGACUGGUGCUCCUACGAGAACUGGAGCAGUACGGUGUCCGACUCGCAAGGUAUUGGAUCCGCCGCACAUGUCGACACCGCCUGGCGGUGCUCUUUGGACGAGAUCGAUUGUCAAGCCGUCCCAGGAACCGGAUGCUGCGCCGCGAGAACCCGUAUGAUGUGCACAAGGUCACUCAGGACAUGAACCGGGCAUGGGGCAGUGAUUCCCUGUUUCGUGGUUGGGAAAUGAAAGAUUUGCACCGGUUAGUAAAUCCGCCCAGCACCAAGUUGUCUCUGAUUCGGACCCGGCGUACCGCAUGGCGGGCGACUCACCUGCGGAAGGGUGCGUUUUCACGAACAAGAUGA